UCUUCCGUUAGAGUUCCGUUUCGGAUGGUCAAAACUCCGGGUGGUCGCGUCGUAUACAUCUACGUGAAAAAACGUGGUACUUUCCCAAAAUGCGGUGAUUGUAAAACAAAACUUCCCGGAAUAAAACCGUCUCGUCCAAGGGAACGUACUGCUAUGAGCAAACGUCUGAAGACUGUGAAUCGUGCCUAUGGCGGUACUCGCGUGAUCCGCGCCUUCAUGAUGGAAGAGCAGAAGGUUCUGAAUCAACUUGUAAAAGAACAAAAGAGACGUGAAAAGAGGGCAGAGCAACUGUCUCGGAAAUAA